UGAUCUGGAGUGGGGCAUCAGAGGAAUCCAAUUUUCUGAGCUCCACAAGCCACUCUGCAGCCCAGAUAGUCACCAGGGUCACUACAGGAGGAAUUGUUCCAUCUGAGAGACCCAGCAUGCAUCAUACUCGCUGUCUGCUGCUUCUCCUGGCUGGACUCUUGGAACUCUCUCACAGUCAGCCAGACCAAGAAGAGCCUGACAAUACAACCAGCCAAACCUACAGCCAAUUCUCACAGCAGAACAUCUCCAGCUACCAGAUUGCCUCCGGCAAUGCCAACUUUGCCUUCCGCCUCUACCACCUGAUAGCAUCCCAAAACUCUGAGAAGAACAUUUUCUUCUCCCCACUCAGCAUCUCUGUCUCUUUGGCCAUACUGUCCACAGGAGCUGGUGGGGACACCCAGGCUCAGAUCCUUGAAGGUCUGGGCUUCAACCUCACAGAGCUGUCACUGCCUGAAAUUCAUGAGGGCUUCAGGUCCUUGCAGCACACAAUAGCUCGCCCAUUCACUGAGCCACAGAUCUCUGUAGGCAAUGCGUUGAUCCUGAGCCAGAACCUGCAGAUCCUCUCUGAGUUUGUCAGUGCCAUCGAAACCUCCUAUAGCAGCAAAGUCUUACAGGCUAACUUCAGAGAUAAGGAGGCUGCGGUCCAGCUAAUCAACAACUAUGUCAAGCAGAAUACGCAGGGGAAGAUCAAAAAUUUGGUCAGUGACCUGAGCCCGGAUGUAAAGAUGGUGCUGGUGAAUUACAUCUUCUUCCAAGGUCUUUGGGAGAAACCCUUUCCUUCUUCCAGAGUCUCUACCCGUGACUUCUAUGUAGAUGAGAACACGGUUGUGAAGGUACCCAUGAUGCUGCAAGAUAAGGAGGAUCACUGGUAUCUGGAGGACAGACGUGUACCCUGCACAGUACUGCGGAUGGAUUACAGGGGUGAUGCAGUGGCGUUCUUCAUCCUUCCUGACCAGGGCAAGAUGAAUGAGGUGGAGCAGGUGCUGUCCCCAGGCAUGCUACUAAGGUGGAAACGAUUGCUGCAGAAUAGGUUCUUUUACAGAAAGCUCAUAUUGCAGCUCCCCAAAUUCUCCAUUUCAAAUUCCUAUGAACUGGAUGAGAUUUUGCCUGACUUGGGCUUCCAGGAUCUGUUCACCGCAAAUGCCAACUUCUCAAAUAUCAGCAAAAAGGAGAAAUUGUACUUAUCCAAAGUUUUCCAUAAGACCGUCCUGGAUGUGAAUGAAGUUGGCACAAAGGCAGCAGCAGCCACCGGCUCCUUUGCCACCUUCUUCUCUGCCCAGCCCAAGAAACGUUACCUUAUAUUCAACCGGCCCUUCUUGGUGGUAUUGUAUUCCACCAGCUCCCAGGAAAUCCUCUUCAUGGGGAAGGUGGUCAACCCCACAGCAUAGCAGACCUAGGAUUAGGUGGUCUGUUACCAGCAGGAGAACGUGACUGGGUAGGCCUGGAUAUGAAUAACUCUGCACCCAUGGCUUGGGGUGGGAAAGGGCUCCUGACUCCCAAGAGUGGUACAGGGAGGCGUGGGGCUAGAUGGACUGGAAAGUGGGAGAUACCUUCCUGGGGACCACGCUGAUUAAACCAAAUGACAUCUCUGAGA